AACCAGUUCGGACUGUCCAGUGAAGCGGUGGACGGUCCAGGGCUGAGGUCUGGAGGCUAGUGAAGUCAUGGAAUGUGGAGGAACAGGAUGAACAGGAAGCGGUGGCUGGCCCUGUAACCUGGCGUGUUCACAGGAUGUAAUUUGCCUGACUGAAACAGACUAGGUCCAACAGGAAGAAAUUUCGAUUUAUUGUUAGGAAGACGGAGAGCAGUAAGUUGUAGCUAAAGACCUUAUGGCUCAGGUCCAGUCACCUUUGGUAAGGAAGUUGUACAAAAUCUGACAGGUGCAAUAGGGUGAAGGUCUUUCUCCCCUUAAAAUAAAGAAAUCGAUGGGUAGGAGAGCUUUGGGGUCUCCUCGCAAGGCUCAAGAACGUUGGGGGUGGCAGCCCAAGCAGAACGUUGAUGUAGUGGUGCCCCGGAAGUACUGUUGCGUUAGCGUUUUGCCUUCCGGGGUAGAUUGUCAGUCGUUGCAGCUGUAGGAAGGGGAAGCCAUUUUCCGUUUCUGGGAGGAGUGAGGAACAGGAGUGGGAGAAAAGGAAGAAAAAGGGCUCAGCGCCUCCCCGCCAAGCCACGGACAGAGGGGCAGUUUCGGCAGGCGGGUGAGGUCGCUGCGGGCCCGGAGGAGAUGUUUUCCCUGUCGAGUACAGUGCAACCGCAGGUUACAGUUCCUCUGAGUCAUCUCAUCAAUGCCUUUCAUUCACCAAAAAACACGUUUAUUUCUGUCAGUGGAGCAUCAGUUUCUCAACACCAGCAUCGCGAUGUAAUUCCUGAGCAUGAGGCUUCCAGCAGUGAGCCUGCACUUAACUUAAGGGACCUUGGAUUGUCUGAAUUAAAAAUUGGACAGAUUGAUCAACUGGUAGAAAAUCUACUUCCUGGAUUUUGUAAAGGCAAAAACAUUUCCUCCCAUUGGCACACAUCUCAUGUUUCUGCACAGUCCUUCUUUGAAAAUAAAUAUGGUUACUUAGAUAUAUUUAGUACUUUACGUUCCUCUUGCUUAUACAGACGUCAUUCAAGAGCUCUUCAAACCAUUUGUUCAGAUCUUCAGUACUGGCCAGUUUUUAUACAGUCUCGGGGUUUUAAAACUUUGAAAUCAAGAACACGACGGCUACAGUCCACCUCUGAAAGAUUAGCUGAAACACAGAAUAUAGCACCAUCAUUUGUGAAGGGGUUUCUUUUGCGGGACAGAGGAUCAGAUGUUGAGAGUUUGGACAAACUCAUGAAAACCAAAAACAUACCUGAAGCUCACCAAGAUGCAUUUAAAACUGGUUUUGCAGAGGGCUUUCUGAAAGCUCAAGCACUAACACAAAAAACCAAUGAUUCCCUAAGACGAACCCGUCUGAUUCUCUUUGUUCUGCUGCUGCUUGGCAUUUAUGGACUUUUAAAAAACCCAUUUUUGUCUGUCCGCUUCCGGACAACAACAGGGCUUGAUUCUGCAGUAGAUCCUGUUCAGAUGAAAAAUGUCACUUUUGAACAUGUAAAAGGAGUAAGUUGGGUUGGCACCUGUGGCUCAGUGAAAAACCAUUUGUGUCAUUCUUGUGUUCUUUCAUUUCUAGGAAUUCUUUUAGUUGGACCACCAGGGACUGGAAAGACACUUCUUGCCCGAGCUGUGGCAGGAGAAGCUGAUGUCCCUUUUUAUUAUGCUUCUGGAUCAGAAUUUGAUGAAAUGUUCGUGGGUGUGGGAGCCAGCCGUAUCAGAAAUCUUUUUAGGGAAGCAAAAGCAAAUGCUCCUUGUGUUAUAUUUAUUGAUGAAUUAGAUUCUGUUGGUGGGAAGAGAAUUGAAUCUCCAAUGCAUCCAUAUUCAAGGCAGACUAUAAAUCAGCUUCUUGCAGAAAUGGAUGGUUUUAAACCCAACGAAGGAGUUAUCAUCAUAGGAGCCACAAACUUCCCAGAGGCAUUAGAUAAUGCCUUAAUUCGUCCUGGUCGUUUUGACAUGCAAGUUACAGUUCCAAGGCCAGAUGUGAGAGGUCGAACAGAAAUUUUGAAAUGGUAUCUCAAUAAAAUAAAGUUUGAUCAGUCUGUUGAUCCAGAAAUCAUAGCCCGAGGUACUGUUGGUUUUUCUGGAGCAGAGUUGGAGAAUCUUGUAAACCAAGCUGCAUUAAAGGCAGCUGUUGAUGGAAAAGAAAUGGUUACCAUGAAGGAACUAGAGUUUUCGAAAGACAAAAUUUUAAUGGGGCCUGAAAGAAGAAGUGUGGAAAUUGAUAACAAAAACAAAACCAUCACAGCAUAUCAUGAAUCUGGUCAUGCUAUCAUUGCAUAUUAUACAAAAGAUGCCAUGCCUAUCAACAAAGCUACAAUCAUGCCUCGAGGCCCAACACUUGGACAUGUGUCUUUGUUGCCUGAGAAUGACAGAUGGAAUGAAACUAGAGCCCAGCUGCUUGCACAAAUGGACGUUAGUAUGGGAGGAAGAGUGGCAGAGGAGCUUAUAUUUGGAACUGACCAUAUUACAACAGGUGCUUCCAGUGAUUUUGACAAUGCAACUAAAAUAGCAAAGCGAAUGGUCACCAAAUUUGGAAUGAGUGAAAAGCUUGGAGUUAUGACCUAUAAUGAUACGGGGAAACUGAGUCCAGAAACUCAAUCUGCUAUUGAACAAGAAAUAAGAAUCCUUCUAAGGGACUCAUAUGAACGAGCAAAACAUAUCCUGAAAACUCAUGCAAAGGAACAUAAGAAUCUGGCAGAAGCUUUAUUGACCUAUGAGACUUUGGAUGCCAAAGAGAUUCAGAUUGUUCUUGAGGGGAAGAAAUUGGAAGUGAGAUGAUAACUCUCUUGACAUGGAUGGAUUGCCGGUUUUAUUGCAAGAAUAUAAGUAACAUAGUAGUCUUUUUUGCAAUGCUUUCCUCCCAAGUUCUUAACUUGGUGUAAUUCGAUGGUGUACGACACUUUGUCAUUCUUUUUCACAUUUAUCUAAUUUUGACUCUUCUCAUUAUGACACCUGUUGCAAAUUAGCAACUUGUAGCAAAUAUAUUUUCAAAAAAUAAAGAACUAUCAGGAUUGAAA